AUGGCGUCGAGCUGCUGGUGGCUCUUUUCGCUCAUGUUCCUCAUCCUCGGUGAAACUUCAUUGAGCGCCCCAGUCGACCACCACGAAAAACAACACGAAAAUAAAUGCGGCUAUCAGUCUUGUCACACUACCAACACUGCUAUGCUGAAUGUCCACCUGGUUCCACACACGCAUGAUGACGUUGGCUGGCUCAAGACUGUGGACCAGUAUUUCUAUGGAGACCGUAAUGACAUCCAGCACGCCGGCGUGCAGUACAUCCUGGACUCUGUCGUGGAUGAGCUUCUAAAGAACCCCGACCGCAGGUUCAUAUAUGUGGAAAUGGCCUUCUUCUACCGAUGGUGGCGCCGCCAGAGCACUGACAUGCAGCAAACGGUCAAGCAGCUUGUCAACCAAGGCCGACUAGAGUUCGUCAAUGGUGGCUGGUGCAUGAGCGAUGAGGCCACCACCCACUACAGUGCCGUUAUUGACCAGAUGACUCUGGGCCUCAGGUUCCUUAACCAGACAUUCGGGCCUUGUGGCAGGCCACGGGUGGCUUGGCAUAUUGACCCGUUUGGACACGCUCGUGAACACGCCUCCAUCUUUGCGCAGAUGGGUUUCGACGGCUUUUUCUUCGGGCGGGUGGACUACCAGGACCGAUACCGGCGGAUGAUGGCCAAGGAGCAGGAGCUGCUGUGGAGGGCAUCUGACAGUCUCACUCCCCCAAUGGCGGACCUUUUUACUGGGAUUCUUCCCAAUGGAUACAACCCCCCCAUGGACUUUUGCUGGGACCAGUCCUGUGAUGACCCACCAAUCAAGGAUGAUCCUGACCUGGAGGACUACAACGUGGAUGACGUGGUUGAGCGCUUUCUCAACAUUGCAAACAGUCAGUCUCUUGUGUACAAGUCCAAUCACAUCAUUAUGACCAUGGGCUCGGACUUCCAAUACGAAAACGCCAACCUGUGGUACAAGAACCUGGACAAGCUUAUCCACUACGUUAAUGCCCGGCAGUCCAAUGGAAGUCGGGUCAAUGUCCUCUACUCCACGCCAUCUUGCUACCUCCAAGAGCUGCACAGGGCUAACCUAUCCUGGGCCUUGAAAACAGAUGACUUCUUCCCAUAUGCAGACGAUGCCCAUGAUUUCUGGACAGGCUAUUUCAGCAGCAGACCAGCAUUAAAACGCUACGAGAGGCUUAGCAAUAGCAACUUACAGACGUGUAAGCAGCUGGAAGUUCUGGGUGGGGAAAACUCCACAAGGGGACCCUUCGGCAAGGGCGAUAGUUUCACCUUUAAGAAAGCCAUGGCAGUAGCUCAGCACCACGAUGCCGUAUCAGGCACGGAGAAACAGCAUGUCGCCAAUGACUAUGCCAGGAGACUUGCAGACGGCUGGGAACAAUGCAAGGUUGUGGUUAGCAACAGUCUCGCUGCUUUGAGCGGUUCGACCGCCAAGCGAGUGUACUGCGACGGCCUCAACAUCAGCGUCUGUCCUAUCAGCGAAUCAAGCAAGAAGUUUUCCGUAAACAUCUUCAACCCCCUCGCUCGGCCCAUCUCGUGGCCCGUCAGGCUUCCGGUAAACGGUUCGACAUAUAUGAUAUCCGAUGCUGACGGCAAGUCUGUCGACUGCGAGGUGGUGCCGGUCUCACCAUCCACACGGAACGUGAGGAGAAAUCGUGGCUUUGCUGUCAACGAGCUCCUCUUCCAAGCCCGCGCCCCUCCGUUAGGCUUCAGCACCUACUCGGUGUCCCUGCUCCAGGAUGGACCUCCACCGGUCUCCACGCAGUAUGGUGCACCCAAAUCCAUCUGGAACAAGUAUCUACGAGUCACAUUUGACCCCGAGACGGGACUCCUUAGCGGCCUAGACAACUUGGAGACAAAGCAAAGCAUCAGCCUGACACAGAACUUCUUCUGGUAUAAUGCCAGCGAUGGCAACAACUCAAAGAGCAACCAGCCCUCAGGGGCGUACAUCUUCCGACCCAACUCCUCCACACCGUUUGUUAUCAGUAAGACAGCCAAGACAGAGAGUAUACGGACAUCGGUAAUGCAGGAGGUGAGGCAGUGUUUCGCACCUUGGGCAUCUCAAGUGGUUCGUCUCCAUGCAGACAGUCGUGUCCUGGAGCUGGAGUGGACCGUGGGCCCAAUUCCAAUUGAUGACGACUUGGGGAAAGAGGUGAUCACUCAACUGGACACGGACAUCAAGUCUUCAGGAAUAUUUUACACAGACUCAAAUGGGCGAGAAGUUUUACAGAGAAAGAAAGACUUCCGACCUACUUGGCACCUAAAACAGUCGGAGCCCAUUGCUGGGAACUACUACCCCAUCAACUCCCGUGCCUUUAUCAAGGAUGACAAAGACCAACUCACGGUGGUGACAGAUCGCUCUCUGGGCGGAGGCAGUAUCCACAAUGGCUCUCUGGAGAUUAUGCUCCACCGGCGGCUGCUGUACGAUGACGUCCGUGGCGUGGCCGAACCCCUAAAUGAGACCUCUGACAUUUUUCCGGAUGGUCUGGUAGUGCGCGGGUGCCUGCUGCUCUCUCUGGACCGCCCGUCCAGCGCCGCAGAUGCACACCGCCUCCUGGCUGAGGAGGCAGUACUGCAGCCACUAUUGACAUUCACUGAGAGUGACCUGCACCCUAAUACAGUACUAGAGUUCUCAGGAUUAGAGUCCAUGCUACCCCCUGCUGUCCACUUGCUGACACUGAGCCAGUGGGACGACGAACUUGUUCUACUCAGGCUAGAGCAUCAGUUCCAGAGUGGGGAGAGCAAAAACAACUCACAGCCAGUCACAGUCAACCUGCAGAAACUGUUUUCCACCCUGGAGGUCGUGGGCAUGUCCGAACUGAACCUCUCAGCCAAUCAGUGGAAACAUGAGAUGGAGCGUUUCAAGUGGAUGGCACUCAAUGGGGAAAAAGUGCCAAAGAAAAAAUUUAGAGACCCCUCCACGUGGGAGGUUACCUUGCACCCGAUGGAAAUUCGAACUUUCCUGCUUAGAGUGAAGCACAGAUAG